AUGAAGGACGAAAUCCAAACGGCGUGUAGAUUCAUUUAUCACAUGUUGAAAAAGAGUUGUAGAUUGACAGAACAACAACUACAACAAUUUACGAACAAAAUGCAAGAUGUUCUAUUUGCCCAUUUUCGCCAUCACUGGCAUCUGGAAAACCCUCAACUGGGAAGCGCUUACCGAUGUAUUCGGAUAAAUCAUAUCAUGGAUCCACUUGUCGUAAAAGCUGCCCAUGAAUGUGGUGUAAAAAUAUCCGAUUUGUCCCUUCCGAAAGAAUUUACGAUAUGGAUUGAUCCGAAUGAAAUCUCAUAUCGUUUUGGGGAAGACGGCUCCAUUAACACAGUGUCAAUAAAAGAGGAAAGAAAUGAAGGCAAUAGCUCGUUUGAAAAUAUGUUUUUGAAUCGUCAGAAGUCGCAUCCUUGUGGUAUGAAACAAAGUAAAGUGAACACAAUGAAUACAAACAUCAUUUCAGUGCCAGAAUGCGUAUCUUCGUAG